UGUGCAGGCUCUUGUCUGCGUUCUGGACUGCAAGCUAGGAAAUAACCGGUAUGUAUAGUUAGCUAAUUGUGAACGUUUUAUUUUUAAAUAUUAGCCCUGAGGUCGAAAUGGAUGCUCUCCUCUCCCUGCUCUUCUCCUCGGAGGAAGAGGAGCUGUACAUGUUGGACCGCAUGGCUUACUUCAUGUUUUUAAUGGCAGCCUGCACUUUUAUUACUUUGCUGUUUGAAAAUGUUCCUUACGGGCGGUAUGCAACAAGCAAGUAUGGAUUUCCAGUUAACGCCAGGUUCGCCUGGUUCGUCCAGGAGCUGCCAGCCUUACUGCUCCCUUUGUGUCUUCUACUCUGGACAUCUUCUUCCAAGACGUCUUUACUACCUAAUCAGCUCCUCAUUGCCAUGUAUUUCCUUCACUAUGUCCAGAGAGCCUGCAUUUAUCCAUUUUUAAUCAGAGGAGGGAAACCGACACCGUUCGCUUCAUUCGCUCUGGCCUUUGUGUUCUGCUGCUAUAAUGGCUUCAUGCAGAUCAGGUACCUGAGCCACUAUGCUGAGUACCCAGCAUACUGGGUUACACAUCCAUGCUUCCUCAUUGGCUCGGCACUGUGGUUCGUCGGCUGGUUUAUAAAUCUACAAUCUGACCACAUCCUUAGGAACCUGAGAAAGCCCGGAGAGACUGGUUACAAGGUUCCCAAAGGCGGCAUGUUCGAGUACGUGUCUGGGGCCAACUUCUUGGGCGAGAUAACAGAGUGGGCUGGCUUCACUCUGGCUGGUCACUCUGUUCACAGUGCAGCCUUCGCCAUCUUUACCGCAGUGGUCCUCGCUAGCAGAGCUGUGGCCCACCACAAAUGGUACCUUGCCAAGUUUGAGGACUACCCUAAAAGCAGGAAGGUGUUGAUUCCCUUUCUGUUCUAGAAAACUGGACACCUCGAAAGGUAAUGUGUUCUCCUGCAACGGCGAAGAACAUUCCCGUGAUCAUUUGCCUAAUUUAGAAAUUCUCUAAUGUUGCAACAAACCUUGAACACAGCUUAUUUUUUUUGCACUGAGAACAAGCUCACUCUAGGUGUGAAGAAGCAAUAGUUAAAAGUCACCAUCUCAGAAAGGUUUUUAUCAUUUCUGUUAUGUUGGUAAUAACAUCACAAAGCACCAAGGAACCUCAACAAACAUGGACUGAAUGUGCUGGAAGUGUUGCAUUUGCAGGAGAGGCAGCAUUCAGCUCUCCUCCAGAGGAAAUAAAGGUUGUGAAUGGAGUAGCUCCAUGGUAAUAUACGGGAUUUAUGACAGUCUACAUCAGCAGUAAACAGCUUUAAGACUCUCCUCCUGCUCUGCAUAUUCUCCCAGUUGGAACAUAAAGUUGGAAAUGCAAAGCAGACAUUUAAAAUGGUCAUUUUAUCCUCAAGAUUCCGCAUUUGUAAAUCUUUUUAACGUCGAUUCGCAUCAAAUAGACGAGUUCUGAAUUACGUAGAACGUGUUUUCUACUGGAUUUUGCUCUGGGUGUCAUCUACUGACCUCGUCAUCUCAAAGUCCUGAAAGAAAAGCAACUUUGUGAAUGUAACUGCAUAUCUGGACUUAAAAAAGACUGGUCUGCGAAAUUUGAAUAGGAAUGAAACAUUAUAUAUCAAACAAAAGUGGGAAUCUGAAUUAUGUCAGAGGAUGACUGGCGAUCCGUUUGUCUCUCACAGCAUAAUUCUACCAGCUCUAGACGAUGGAGAGAAUAUGGCUGAAAAAAUGUGAUUAGGUUCUUUAUUACACUUUAUAUCAAAAGCAAGCAGCUGAAAACAACCAACGAUGCUGGAGAUUAUGUGGAGACUGGGACGCCAAUCAUUCUCAUGUGUUUUGGAAGUGUAAAAAUAUCAAACCUUACUGGGAAAGCAUUGCGGUAACAAUGAAGAAAGUGCUGGGGUAUGACGUGCCGUGGGAGGCACAAGUAGUGAAUUUUGGAAUAUGGGAAAAUGUAAGAAAGGAGGACCAUUACUUGUUUAAAAUUAUGUUGUUGUCAAGCAAAAAGAUAAUAACAAAAAACUGGCUGAAAAGUGACCCUUUAAAAUUGGAAGAAUGGACUGAUGUAAUUGAGGAAAUAUAUAUAAUGGAGAAAAUGACCUACACUUUGAGACUGAAAUCUGAUAAACACCGAAAACAGUGGACAAAAUGGAUAGCCUAUAAGACUCACUCAGCCCCAUAAGGCAGGGACCUCUCCUCGUUGGAGUUUUUCUUCUUCUUAAUUCAAAUAGCUUUUGGUUCUUGGUCCUUUGAGGCAUAGGCGGACGGCCGGGCCCUGAGAGAAUGGGGUCCUGCUAUUACCCGCUCCGGGUUCAAAUAUGUUAUGAUUGUGGAUGAACUGGACCUGUCGGGGAGAGGACCAGACUUCGGGCCCUGUUUGGCAGCCUUCAUAUGGAUGUAAGGGGCUGGGUGGAUGGUGUUUUUGGGACGGGAUUGAUAAGACAGUACUUUGGGUAGGGCUGCUCAAUUAAUUGAAUUUUAAUCACGAUUACGAUCUGGGCUUUCAACGAUCAUUAAAAAUGACUGAGCCGAUUAUUAGCACCUCCCUCGUGCUUUACUCUCACGCUGCUCCAUGU